UACUUAUAUAGAAAACAGGUGUCAGACCUAUUGCAGAUGCAGAAUGCCAAUCUCACAUGUCUGCCAGAGAAUUAUCAACUAAAGUACUACUUCUAUCAUGUGCUGACAUGGCCCCAACUAUCAUUUGUCGCUGAGGAUGAUAAUGGUAAGUUGGUUGGUUAUGUUCUCUCUAAAGUUGAUGAGAACAACCCAAAGAAAGGACACAUUACAUCAUUGGCAGUUUUGAGAUCACAGAGGAAACUAGGUAUUGCGACAAAGUUGAUGAAGCAAGCUCAGAUGGCACUGUUAGAGGUGUUUGACGCAGACACUGUCUCACUUCAUGUUAGAAAGAGCAACAGGGCAGCAUUCAGUCUCUACCACGAGGUAUUGAAGUUUACUAUUCAAGAUAUUGAGAAGCAGUAUUAUGGAGACAAGGAGGAUGCUUACUACAUGGUGUUGCAUUUGAAGGAGGGAUUGGAAGACACUACUGCCAAAAAGGAUGGUGGAAAAGAGGAUUCAAAACCAUCGAAACCAACAACUGGCUCAAGCAAGAAGAAGGCUGCUGCUGGCAAGAAG